CCGCCUACAAUUUGUCUGCAAGUCUUUGAUACCCACAAUCAGCAACUUAAAUGUGAUGCCGCCUUAUGGGAUGAAUUUAAGACACUUGAGGAGCUUACCAGGCAACAGGACGUUGACCAUGGGCUGACGACCUUCAUGGCUGCCAUGGAGACUACUCAGAACCGGUACGCGGACAUGCCGCCCUAUGAUCAGAAUAUCGUUCGUCUCGAUCGCGACUGGGGCACGUACUGCAAAGAUCAGCAACCUAUCGGAUCUGUGGCACGCGCAAUCUUUCAUGCAUUAACACAUAUCCCUUAA